AUUCAUCAACUUUAGAAGGAGGCUAGAGAGCUGCAGAGGAAGGGUUGCACCAUGUCGGAUCGGGAGAGUGGUGAUGAGCAGCAGCAGGCCCAGGGCAGAGAAGUGGAGUCCCCGGUGAAUGGCAAAACAAGUACCGGUGAGCAGGAACUUGCCACCAAAGUCCUGCAGAUACAGUCCAAGAGAUUCUACUUAGAUGUCAAGCAGAACAGUAGAGGAAGGUUUAUCAAGAUUGCAGAGGUUGCAUCUGGUGGAAGAAAGAACCGCCUCCUUCUCGCUAUGUCCACUGCGGCAGAAUUUCGAGACUACCUGACUGAAUUUAGUGAACACUAUGCAUCUCUGGGGCCCCCAAAUCCAGAUAACCUCCCAGAGGAUGGAAAACUUAAAACUGGAAUUAUGGUCAAACAGAAUCGGCGAUACUAUCUUGACCUCAAGGAAAAUCAAAGAGGGCGAUUUUUAAAGGUAUCACAAACACUUCGCUCAGGUGGUCCUCGAAGUCAAAUUGCUAUUCCAGCACAAGGCAUGAUAGAAUUUAGAGAUGCUCUCACAGACUUGCUGGAUGAAUUUGGCACAGAUGAUCAAGAGGGCCAAGGGGAACUACCAGGAAGUCAACAUUUUAGAGUAGAAAAUAAGAAGUUCUUUUUUGAUGUCGGAUCAAAUCAACGAGGAGUGUUUCUACGUAUAUCAGAGUGCGUGAAUUUGUUACAGGUAAGACCCUCGUACCGUACUGCCAUCACCAUUCCAGAAAGAUGUUGGGCCAGAUUUCGUGAUAUGGUCUCUGAGUUUGUGGACAAAUCCCAGAGCUCGAGGGAAGGAGGCCAAUAGAGACCCUGACCGUGGGAAUGUGCUUGGUGAUGUCCGUGUUCAUGAGCCUUGUCAUAAAACAAACACAAACCGGUGAGGAGAGAUGAACAUUGCCAACUGGAUGCAUGGUGGUGAUUGGCGUAUGUGGAGGUUUCAUUGUCAAAAUGUGACUAAAUCCUGUAAAAUUAAUUGACAAUGUGACAUAUUGGUCAAUUGCUUACACAUGAAAGAUAACCACUAGACAGCUUGUACAGCUCUGUAUGUAUAUGAGGAUGGUCUAGCCCAGAAGCCUGUGCACCGAAUGGGUGGAGGCAGUUUGCAGGCCACAGGUAGGCA